UGCAGAAGACACACAACUGACAGAUGCUCAAACGCUGUGGUGAAUAAGUUCAUUCAAACCUUUUCUCUUUCUGUGUCGUCUUUCUUCGCAGACAUGAGAGACAGAUUAACGCACCUACAUCAGGUGCAGAUUGACUCAGAGGGUUUCAGCUCAGUGGAGCUGGACAACCUGUCAGAGAAUGCAGCAGCAGCAGCAGCACAUUCUUACCAGGACAUAGAUGGUGUCCUGCAUGAAGCCCAGCAGAUACGUCUGCAGAUCCAGCAGAUCCAGAACGACAUCAGCGAUUUGAAAGAUGUGAACCACCAGGCCUUAAACAAGACCACACAUGGCAGUGCAACAAAGCGGGACUCCAAUGCGAUCGGGGUGGAUAUCAAAAGCAGGGCAGAAGACGUGCUGCACCGGCUGCACAAGUUGAACGCUCUCAGGGAAGACCUGGAGGCCCAGCGUGGCCUCUCUGACCCCACGGCACGUAUCGCUCGAACACAGUACCAGUGUCUGAGCAGAGCUCUGCAGGAGGUGAUGUCCUGCUACAAUGGCACAGAGAUGAACCACAAGGAGGCUUGCAAACGUCAGAUCCAGAGGCAGAUGGAGGUGGUGGGCAGGGAGGUGACCAGGGAGGAGCUGGAGGAGCUGGAGGAGAUGAUGGAGAGAGAGGAGCUGCAGGUGUUCAGCGACCAGAUGGUGGGCAAAACGGCACGCUCAGCUGCUCUGGAGAUCGAGAGCCGUCACAGGGAGCUGCUGGAGCUGCACAAGAGGAUUGACGGGAUCCACGAGCUCUUCCUGGAUGUUGCCAUGCUCGUAGAAGAGCAGGGCUCCACCAUCGACAACAUUCAGAAGAAUGUGGAAAAUUCACACGAGACCAUUCAGACUGGGAUGUUCCAACUGGAAAGAGCUACGACGUCGGACAAAAACAACCCCUUUAAGAAGAUGCUGUGUGGUUGUUUCCCGUGUUAUUACACCUGAGUCACAGCACCCGGGUCCAUGUGGUCAAGACUGCACCUAAAAAUAGAGGAUUAUAAUGAUGAUUGACAUUCAGACAAGGACAGUUUGUGUGUCUUCGAAAAUCCAUAUAUUACACUUCAAGGCACAGAUUAACAAACAGAUAUUAAUGAAAUACAGUAAGACAAAUAAAAUAACUAAGGUAAUCAAGCACUUUACAAAAGCAAAAUACAAUAAAAGAAAGGAAUCAUUUAAAACAUGUCAACAUCAUAUAUUAGAUGUUUUUGCAUAAAUGGAAGAUAAAAUAAUCACACUGAUGUUUUAUGAGUAAACAAUCACAGAACUGUUGUUUUCUUUACUCCAGAA